ACCUCCUUCCAUCACUCUGGCCCUAUUGCCUUCUGCCUCAUGACACUGAACACUCCUCGCUCCGCUUCUUCACAAUUAUCCUCUGUGGUUGCAAUCCAUCCUGCAGCAUCACCCAGAACACGUCGCUCGAGUGCACUCGCCACUGCAACGACAACAGCGACUACCUCAGCCUCAACCACUAUUAUUUCUACAACGACCACUACAUCUAAUACAGCCAUCUCAACUAAUAUGAUUGAUACCAAUGAUACCAUUGAUACGAAUGGUACGAAUGAUACGAAUAAGGCAUCCAGUGCUCCUUUUCACUCCAGUGUAACCAUUGGACAACGUACGACAACUGCUACGACUACAGCUGCCAUCUCCAACAACACCUACACGCGACGCAACGCUCCCCAACGGUCGAAUGUCAAACCUCGGUGGCACACCCAGCCCUACAUGAUGUUCCUUGCCCUGAGGUCCAUGCCAAACCAUACUGCUGCACGACAAGAGCUGAUCAAUGCUGCCGUCGCAUUGGACCGCAAGUUCAGUGCAGAGAGGGGAUUGCCACGCGUGUUCACUGGCAAGACCCCAAUGAACUCUGCAUCAGCUUGUUUGACCAACAAUGGAGACAAGUACUUUGUUCCUUUUAAGCCCGAAGGAAGCAGGAGCACACACUUUCGACUCGCUUACGCCCCCGGGGAUUUCGACACCGCCGUCAGGGAGUACGACGGUUGGAUGGAAAAGCUCAUCAAACACGAUUGGCCAUUGUGCUUUGGUGUACCAAAGGAAGGUGCAGUUCCUAUCCACAUUCUAGAGCAGCAAUCCCGCACGGCCCUGGAACAGGAGUCAUCAAACGUACCAGGAGAUCAGUCCACGACAGCAGAAACGACGGCCCUCAACGAUAUCUCUUCCGCAUUAGCAACAACGAUAGCCCUCAACGGUGUUUCCUCCUCAACAGAUACUGACAGCAUCAGCACACUCUCAGGAGCAACACCGCUCGAAGCAGACAGCGUCAAAGCCAAUGGUGAAUACCCAACAGAAUCAAAGAAGCGGAGCCCCGAACCCGUUGAUACCGAACUGGACAAAGUUGAACGGAGCACUAAGAAGGCCAAGGCCGAGCUAGACUCGGAGGCAGUAUCAGGUGCAGACCGUGAUCUGGAUCAGGACCAGGUGGGCGCUUCUGAACAGGACUCCAAGGUAGCGGAGAGAUUCGAACAAUUGGAACUAAAGUCGACGAGUAGCGCGGCGUCAUCUCUCCCAUCAACGCCUGCGACAAUGACACCACAGGAGCCAGAAUCAGCAUCAGUAUUAGAAUCAGUAUCGGCAUCGGCGGCAUUAGUGACUGCGCUUGCACCUGCACCUGCACCACUAUUCUCAGCAGCAAUGGUAGCAACAGCAAAAACAACCAAGGCUGCCACCCCACAGCCGGACGUUCACAGAGUGGAUGAGUACCGCCUGGAGGAUCUAGAUCUGACGAAUGUACCGACGAGUCUUUCGCACGUCGUCCGUGUGGAUGAGUCAACGAUCCCUAACUCAGGAAAUGGACUCUUUGCGAAGAUCGAUAUUCCGGCCAGUACACCGCUUGGAUUCUAUUUCGGCGUGCCGAUGACGGAGAAUGAGUUUGAUUCACUCAAGGAUGGCGUUGGCGUCGCCUCUCAUUACUCGAUCAUGUACCGUCGUACGGUCCUGGAUGCCACGGACGAGAAUGGGACGCCCUAUAGUGACCCCAACGGAAGACUCUAUUGCCCAUUCCACUUUAUGAAUGAGGACCCCAGUGGCAACAUCACAUUUAUCACGGGCAGCGUGGUAAACCAGGUCAUUUGUCAGACCAACCGGGAUGUUAAGGCUGGAGAGGAGUUAUUUGUGUUCUAUGGAAAGGAGGUCGAUCGGUUCUGGGAGAAGGAGAAGGAGGCCUUUAGAAGCGAUACCAAUAGCGAUCACAAAAAAGGAAAGACGGGCUCCAGGGCCGCUUCACCCGUAAGAAGGGAAGAAUCAACGACAGACCGACCUAGGCGGAACAACAUCUACAAGCCCGCACGUUACACACGCUAAUUCACAAUGACCUCCAUCAAUCUAUCGAAUAAAACUUUGGAUUGGGUGUUAUCUAUGCU